GGGCGGCCGUGGCGGCGGUCGCCGUGAUGCCUGCGGCGCUGGGCGGCUGACCGCGAGGUAGCAGCGGGCUCCGUGCCCAGAAUCUCGGCGGCCGCUGCUAGAACGCGGCCUGCGCCAUGGCCACCUCCGCCACCUCCUCGGAGCAUUUCGAGAAACUGCACGAGAUCUUCCGCGGCCUCCAUGAAGACCUACGAGGGGUGCCGGUGCGGCUCCUGGGCACUGCCGGGACAGAAGAGAAGAAGAAGUUGAUCAGAGAUUUUGAUGAAAAGCAACAGGAAGCAAAUGAAACGCUGGCAGAGAUGGAAGAGGAACUACGUUAUGCGCCCCUAUCUUUCCGGAACCCUAUGAUGUCUAAGCUUCGAACCUACCGAAAGGACCUUGCCAAACUCCACCGGGAAGUGAGAAGCACACCUUUGACAGCCACACCUGGGGGCCGAGGAGACAUGAAAUAUGGCACAUAUGCUGUAGAGAAUGAGCACAUGAAUCGACUACAGUCUCAAAGGGCAUUGCUUCUGCAAGGCACUGACAGCCUGAACCGGGCCACCCAGAGUAUUGAACGCUCUCAUCGGAUUGCCACAGAGACUGACCAGAUUGGCUCGGAAAUCAUAGAAGAGCUAGGGGAGCAACGUGACCAGCUGGAGCGUACCAAGAGUAGACUGGUAAACACAAGUGAGAACUUGAGCAAAAGUCGAAAGAUUCUCCGUUCAAUGUCCAGAAAAGUGACAACCAACAAGCUGCUGCUUUCCAUUGUCAUCUUACUGGAGCUAGCCAUCCUGGGAGGGCUGGUUUAUUACAAAUUCUUUCGCAAGCAUUGAACUUCCUACAGGGAAGGGCUUGUGGACCAGAACUUCGACCCUGUGAAUGAAUGGCGUUAAACAAACAUGUGGAAUAAGCAUAUUGCUGCUGU